AUGGCUUCUACUUCUUUUUCUUCGGCAAACCGCCUUUGCAAACAAUUCGACGUGUUUCUGAAUUUCAGAGGUGAGGACACCCGUGGAUUUACUAACAACCUUUGUGAUGCAAAGGUUAUCUUUACUUUCAUGGAUGAUUAUGAAAUUGAGCGAGGCGAUGAAAUUUCUCCGGCACUUCGCAAAGCUAUCGAGGAAUCCAAGAUUUCGGUAGUCGUUUUUUCAGAAAACUAUGAUGCUUCCUCCACAUGGUGUUUGAAUGAACUGGUGCAUAUACUUGAAUGCAAGAAAAACAAUGGGCAGACUGUUAUGCCAGUCUUUUAUGGCAUAGAUCCAUCGGUUGUACAAAAGCAGAAUGGGAGUUAUGGAAUUGCAUUUAAUAAACUUGAAGAACGUUUCAGAGACAGAAUAGAGAAGGUGCACCAAUGGAGGGCUGCUUUAACAGAAGUUUCUAAUCUACGUGGGUGGGAUUCAAAGAAUUACUGGCCUGAGUGUAAGUUAGUUCAAAAAGUUGUUGAAGAUAUUUUAAAAGAAUUGCCUAAAUAUCGAUCAUCAUUUGAGCAUUCAAAGAAGUUGCUUUUUGGAAUUGAAAAAAAUAUUAAGGAAGUUGAAUCACGAUUAUCCAUUGGCCCAAAAGAUGUUCGCAUUAUAGGUAUUUGGGGAAUGGGGGGAAUCGGUAAAACCACCCUUGCUACCAUUGUAUUUGAAAGACUAUCUGAUGAGUUCGAAGGUUGCUGCUUUCUUCCGAAUGUCAGAGAACAACAGGCAAGACAUGGAUUAGAUCAUUUGAGAAGGAAACUUCUAUCUAAUUUACUAGAUGAUGAAGAUAUUUUAAGGAUGGAUACCCUAGUUGGAGCAUCAUCUUUUAUUCUUCACAGGCUUCGACGUAAAAAGGUGCUCAUUGUUCUAGAUGAUGUGGAUAGUUCUAUCCUAUUAGAUGCUUUAGUUCGAGAAAAUCACCAACUUGCUCCUGGAAGCAGAAUCAUUGUUACAUCUAGAAAUAGACAAGUGCUUAAGGGAGUAUCCGAUGAUAUUUACAAGGUUCAGAGGUUAAAUUCCUUUGAAUCUUUUCACCUCUUCUGUUUGCAUGCUUUUAAGUCUGAUCCUCCGGCAAUUGAUGAUCAAAAAAUGAUAUCAGAAGUGAUAAAAAGGGAAAAGAUUUUCAAACCCAGAUAUUCAAGAUGUGUUGAGAAUCAGUUAUGA